AUGUUUAUGGAGGCGAUUUCAGCUGUAUCCAUGCAGUCUGUUCAGGCUCCGGCGAAUCUGACGGCCCGGUCGAGCUCGUUCUCUCCGAAUCUGAAUUCGUUUGCCGGCCGCGGACUGAGUUUCGGGAAGAAACGCGGUAAUCUUGCUGUGGUCGCGGCGUCGAACGAGGCACUCGCCUCGUCUAUGACGGGCUUCCUGUUUCAGCCGCUGGAGGAGGUUCGGAGGGACGAAUUUUUGGUCCCGAAGACUGGCGAGGCUUCGCUUGCUCGCCAGAGGCUCUCUGAUGCAUGUGAGGCUGCACUCAACGAGCAGAUCAAUGUGGAGUACAAUCUCUCGUACGUGUACCAUUCUAUGUAUGCAUAUUUUGACAGGGAUAAUGUUGCUCUAAAAGGCCUUGCUAAAUUUUUCAAGGAGGCCAGCUUGGAAGAAAGAGACCACGCGGAGAAGCUAAUAGAAUAUCAGAAUAAGCGAGGAGGGAGAGUGAGGUUGCACGCGCUGCAGGCACCACCUUCAGAAUAUGAUCACCCUGAGAGGGGUGAUGCACUUUAUGCUAUGGAACUGUCACUGGCCUUGGAGAAAUUAGCCAAUGAGAAGCUCUUGCUCCUCCAUGCUGCUGCUGAUAGAAGCAACGAUCCCCAGAUGGCAGAUUUCAUAGAAAGCGAAUUUCUAGCGGAGCAGGUUGAUGCCAUCAAGAAGAUCUCAGAAUACGUCUCCCAGUUGAGGAGAGUUGGAAAGGGACAUGGUGUUUGGCACUUCGAUCAAAUGCUCCUUGAGGAAGGAGUUGGUGCAGCGGCUUAA